CCUGCUUACUAACCAUUUCCACUGGAAUCUGCCCUGAGAUGGAAUCCCUCAAGAGAAUACAUAGCCUUAAGCCAACGGAAAUGGAGACCCUGGAUCUGCUGAGGAAUUGUUUGGUGUGCAAAUGGGACCUGCGGAGGAGAGACCCCAGAAUGCUACCUUGCCUUCAUUCCUUCUGUAAGGACUGUCUUCCGGAUUUGAUUCAAGGAUAUAGCUGUAUUCCCACUGAGUAUGAAGUUCUAUACGAAGGUAUCCUUUCCUGCCCUGUGUGCAAACAGACCUGCUUUGCAAGGGAUGUAGUUGAAAAUUUCUUUCUCAAGGACUUUCCCACUGGUAAUUCAGCUAUGGCAAAGAGCUGCUCCACGUGUAAAGAGAAGAGACCUGCUCACAGUCUCUGUACAAGCUGCAAUAAGUGGUUGUGCAGCUCAUGUACAGAGGAACACAGACAUGGCAAGGAAACUGGAGACCGCUUCCUGUCUGUAUCCCUGAAGGGCUGCGCAGCAACUGAAGAUGAAGCAAGCACGUUUUCCUUAUUUUGUCCAGUGCACACUCAAGAGCCACUCACGCUGUUCUGUGAGACCUGCGAUACCCUUACAUGCCGCAGCUGCCUUCUGACAGAGCACAAGGAACACAGGUUCAGACAUCUUGAUGAAGCUUUGCAAAAUCAGAGAGUUAUCCUGGAAAAUGUCAUAACUAAAGUGGAAGAGAAAAAAAAUGGAAUUCAGAUUUCAGCUAAACAGAUUGAAGACAGGUUGCUUGAAGUAAAACAUUUAUACAAAAAGGUAGAAAAUCAAAUAAAAAUGGCCAAGAUGGUUUUGAUGAAUGAAAUCAAUAAACGAACAAACAUCCUUCUUGAACAACUUGAAAAAAUCACCAGUGAAAGGAAGCAGAAAUUGGAGCAACAACUGCAAGGUGUUGUGGUUUUAAGCAGACAGGUAGAACACGUGCAGAACUUCAUCAGCUGGGCCGUGUGCGGUAAAAACAGCAUCCCAUUUCUCUUCAGUAAAGAACUGAUUGUAUUUCAGAUCCAGCGCUUGUUAGAGACAAACUGUAACACAGACAUAGGCCCUCCUCUGAAGAUCAGAUUUACUUGGGAUCCCUCCUACUGGACUAAACAACUGUCCAAUUUGGGAGGUUUCACUAUGGAAGGUGGACACAUUUCUCACUCAGAUGUGCUACUCUGUGGAAAUGUGCAAGGAUUGCAGACCUCCUUGUAUCAUGGGCACCAUUCACCACCAUCACAGCUAGAGCCUGUGAAUAGCCAGACACAUCAGUUUCCACAUGCGGUUCAGUGUCCUACGCCUGUGUGUUGCUCUCACUGCCUCAGCAUAUCUCACCCAAACAAAGCUCAGCCUUCUUACCAAGAUGUAAACUGCCAUCACAUUUUUCGACAACCUCCUGAACUGCAUCAGCAGCACUUCCCUCUGCAGUACAGCAUGCAGCAACAUGACAAAGAGCAAAGCGGUGCCCCCCAGCCUAUGAAGAUAACACAGUCUGGGCUGGAACAGCAGUCACGGUCAGAGCCAGAGAAUGUGUCUGGGAGGACAGGAAAGCACUUACCAUCCCAGCAGCUGCAGCAGACUGCACCCCUGGGUUAUGCUGUUGUAUCACAUGAAGCUCAGCAAGUUCACAUGAGCCACCCACAGCCAUUCCGCACACAGGCUUCUUUGCAGACAUCAACUGUGCAAGUGCAACUUGGUCAUCUCCAGAAAAUAAAAUCUAACCACUUGCAGCAGCCAUCACAGCAGCAGCAGCUGCCACCAGCAUCACCACCAGCAGAUCAGAAUGAAAACGCCCACAAACAAGUCGUCCAGCAGAACCUGGACAUAAUGCAGCACCAGUUUGAACUGGAGGAGAUGAAAAAGGAUCUGGAGCUUCUUCUGCAGGCCCAAGGACAGUCCAGCUUGCAGCUGAACCAAGCCAAGCCACCUCAGCAUGUUCAACAGACCAUAGUUGGUCAAAUCAACUACAUAGUGAGGCAGCCAGCCCCAGUUCAGCAACAAAUCCAUGAUGAAGCAGAAGUCUGUGAGAGUUCCACUGAACCUGAUGCCCAGAAGCCUGUAAUUCCUCUUGACAAAAGUGAUAGUCCCUCCCUGUCACAGUCACUAGAUGAAGAAGCCAGUGUCAGCAGUCACUCCCCUGAGAACACAUUGCAACAAUCAGCUUUCCAUCCAGUGAGAAAGUGUUUGGCACCCUUAAGCAUUGUGGGCUUUUCAGACGGUUUAGAAAUGGAAUUACCUUCAACAAGGCUAUCUAGCUCGGCCAAUCCACAGAUGCAAGGUGCAGCUGCUGUAACACUUGGUCCAUCCCAGCACACCCCUUGUGACUGUGAUACUCCACCAGAGUCAGUGCCCAGCUACAGCUUGGUGUUGGGCAGAGCUCCAAGUGACCUGAGCCCUGGGGCUGCCGCUGGCCUCGCACCAGCUGAUGCACUCCAGGGCAGCACUAAGUGCAAGCUGGAAAACGAAGACUUCAAUACUGUAGACCAUCCUCUAGAAAACAGCUUGGCUACUGCUGGGCAAGAGGUAGUUAAUGAAUUAACUCUUUCUAUGCAAAAAGUGCUGGAAGAACCUAUUAAUCUUUCAAUCAAGAAAUCUCAACAUUGCACUUCUCCUUCUGAACUGCUCAGCAACACUUCUUUCCUGCCCAUGAAUGCCAGAAUGAGACAACUUAAAAGCAAAGAAGCUUCCUAUAACUGUGAAAAGGAACAUUUUGAAAUGGAUAUGAAAAGCAAUCAGAAUGUCAGAGCUGGUCCUAAGGAGCAGAAGAUCCCCUAUGUGCGACUGGAACGUCUAAAAAUAUGUACAUCAGAAGCGGGGGAGCUCCCGGUGUUUAAGCUCCAGCCACAGGACAAUAAGCCGGAGGGCAAUGUCCUCCUGAUAAUUGAAUGUGGGACCCAGUCUUCAAGUAUGUCUAUAAAGAUAAAUAAAGAUAGUCCACCUGAAGGACUGAAAUCCAAAGAGGAGAGCUCAGAGGCCAGAAAAUCUCUCAUAUCCCAGGCUGCAGGACAGACACAGUCCUCUCCUGUAGAUACUUCAUCUGUUGAUCAGAAACUCAGCAAUGGCAUCUCCAUCACAAAAAAAUCUCCAGUUACUCAGGAAGUCAAUCCAAUUGAAAAUGAGGAUUUCUGCGCUGUGUGUCUCAAUGGAGGAGAACUGUUGUGCUGUGAUCACUGCCCCAAGGUCUUCCAUCUCUCCUGCCAUGUUCCAGCCCUGCUCAGCUUUCCAGUGGGAGAAUGGGUGUGCACGCUUUGCCGUAAUCCAGUGAAGCCAGAGGUAGAAUAUGACUGUGAAAACGCACGCUACAGCCACAACUAUAAUGCACAAUAUGGCCUUGAUGACUAUGACCAGAAGAAGUGUGAAAAGCUGGUGCUUUCCCUGUUCUGCAGUAGUAUGAGCCUCCCAUUCCAUGAACCCGUCAGCCCCCUGGCUCGGCAUUAUUAUCAAAUCAUCAAAAGGCCAAUGGAUUUGUCAAUCAUACGAAAAAAGCUGCAAAAAAAGAACAAGUCCCACUAUUCUGCACCUGAAGAACUUGUGACUGACGUGCGUCUCAUGUUUUGGAACUGUGCAAAGUUCAAUUAUCCAGAUUCAGAGGUUGCUGAGGCUGGACGAUGCCUAGACGUCUUCUUUGAGGGCAAACUGAAGGAGAUUUAUCCAGACAGGCAUUUUCCUUCAAUGCAACAAGAAGACUCUGAUUCUGAAGAAGUGGAGAGUCAGAAUAGAAAAAUGCCACCCCAAGAUUUUCAGUGGCCAUCACAUGGACAGGAGUGUGUUCAGCCUAAAAGGAGACGGCGCCAUGCUGAAAGUGAAAAGACUAAAAGAAUGAUGUUUCAGCCAGCUAACAGCCUUCCUUAGGUAUGACCUCCUCAAGAUACG